AAAAGAGGUGUUUAUUAUGAAUUACUUCAAAUUUUUUUUCUAAUUAACAAAUAAAUUAACCUCAAAAAUUGAAUUGUUCAACAAGUGGACGCACACAAAGUGUAGAAUAUUGAAUUCCUAUGAAUAAGUGAGAAAGACAAAAGGUGAGGUUCGAAGUGUGUAUGUAAUGGAAAAUUUUGAAAGUAGACCCAUAUAUGUAUGACUAUUCUCUACGUCAUCAACGACUUAGCUAUAGUGAAAUUGCUGAUGUGUUAUAUCGUAUAAUUCUACUGCAAAUGCAACAAGAGUGUGUAUUUUUUUAAGAUUAUGUAAAUUAAAUUUUGGGUGUGUAUUAGGAGAAUGUAUAAAUUAUGAAAUUUAAUAGCUAGUUGAUGAAACACAUUGGCUAUUAACCAAUAAGGUUUAUAUAAACUUCAGUAAUUUUAAUUAAAUUUCAUGAAUUUUGAUAAGAGAGAAUGAAGAUUAGUAUUGAAUGAUUGGUCAAUUACUAUUUUGGAAUAAAUAUUACUCAGUUGAUGAUAAUAAAUUAACAUUCAAGUGUGUGUCGACGAGUUUAUUUGACAAAACAAAUUCUACAGUCAAGUUCUUUCGAUCAUUCGCAAUUAGUAUAUUUUAUUUUGUGGUUAGUAACAUCAAAAUUUGAUUGAAAUGCCGCUUUUUGGUAAAAAAGACUCGAACAAAAAACUAAAAAAGGAUGGAAAGGAUGAGAAAAUGUCAUCUGUUGAUGAAAAAUAUAUACUUAAAGAACUUCUUGGAACGGGAGCUUUUUCAGAAGUAAGACUCGCCGAAAGCAAAGAGAAGCCUGGUCAGAUGUAUGCAGUCAAAAUAAUUGACAAAAAAGCAUUGAAAGGAAAAGAAGAUUCGUUGGAGAAUGAAAUUAGAGUAUUGAGAAGGUUCAGUGAAUCAGUGACACCACAGAGUGGUGAUGGGCCGAUCAAGUCUAAUAUAAUUGGCGAAAGAGGAGGGUUAACACAUCCAAACAUUGUCCAACUGUUAGAAACUUUUGAAGAUAAACAUAAAGUUUACCUCGUAAUGGAGCUUGUUACCGGAGGCGAACUCUUUGAUAGAAUAGUAGAAAAAGGUUCCUAUACAGAAAAAGAUGCAUCUGGACUAAUAAGACAAGUCCUGGAGGCAGUGGAUUAUAUGCAUGAACAGGGAGUUGUUCAUCGUGAUCUCAAGCCAGAAAAUCUUCUCUAUUAUAGUCCUGAUGAAGAUAGUAAAAUAAUGAUUAGUGAUUUUGGCCUUUCAAAAAUGGAGGAUUCAGGAAUUAUGGCAACAGCCUGCGGUACUCCAGGCUACGUUGCUCCUGAAGUUUUAGCACAAAAACCUUAUGGUAAAGCUGUUGAUGUGUGGAGUAUAGGUGUUAUAUCGUACAUUUUAUUAUGUGGAUAUCCGCCUUUUUAUGAUGAAAAUGAUGCUAAUCUUUUCGCACAAAUUCUGAAAGGUGAGUUUGAGUUUGAUUCACCCUACUGGGACGAUAUAAGUGACUCAGCCAAGGACUUUAUUCACAAGCUCAUGUGCGUUAACGUUGAAGAGAGAUAUACUUGUAAACAAGCUUUAGCACAUCCAUGGAUCUCCGGUAAUGCUGCAAGCAAUAAAAAUAUCCAUGGCACCGUAGGAAAGUCUCCCUGUUGUCUCAUGGUUGCAGCAAGCAUAUCACGCGGCCACGGUGAUUCGUCAGAUGCAGAGGCUGGCGCUCAACAGUGGACAUCAACAGCAGCAGCAGGACUUAGAAAUGACAGGGUCCUCUGCAGGCAAUCAAAAAUCAACGAGGUCCGACCAGUCUCAUGCCAAUCCUAUUCGUCCUCAUCGAAAGUAAGAUCUACCAAUAAACAUCUGCUUCAAAAAAAUCUUGACCCAAAACGAUCGACGGUCAACAUGCCACCAAUAUCUAUUGCUUCUAAUUCUUCACAGUUAUCUACUGCUUAUCGCUCUCAAUUGUAUUUCCGUAACAAACGCUUUCAGCUGUUGUGGGCUGAUACACGCACUGCAUUCACUACUCUCUUUCGAAAAAAUACUAAUUACUUAAAAAGAAAGAAGCGUUUACAUAAAUAAUUUGAAUCUCAUUACUUACUUUCUUUUUUUAUUCAUUUACCUGGAUCUGAUAAAAUUUUAAUGAGCUCUACCUAAUUACCUUUACCUAAUAUAUAUAUUUUUUUUUCUAGUAUCAAAUGUUAAUACAAUGAUAAAUGUAACUUGUAAAUAAUCAUUCCUUAAUCAAUUUAAUGAUAAUACAACGACAUAUUUUUCAUUAUAUUUUAUGAAAUAAUGAUAAUGUUAUUGAUAUUAUUUUGGAUAAGCAAAAUAUGUUGCGUAUUCUAAACAAAUAUAUAACAAUUAUAUCAGUGAGUAACGGGUAUAAAAUACUAGUAAUAAUUUAAUUUUAAUAAAGAUUUCUAUAAAAUCAUUAUUUCAUUUAUUUUUAAUAACAAUAUCAUUAAAUUUAACAUUUUACUUUACGUGAUAUGUAUCAAAUUAAUCUUAAUGAUUCUGUACAGUACAUCUAUACGCUUCGUCUAGAUAUAUUACCGUCAAGUUUUUCAAUGAAAAUACUUGUUGGAAAAAAAUACAUAAUCUCUAUAAUUAUUUUCUAUAUACAUAUAUAUAUACACAAAAAUUUACUGAAAGUUAAAAAUAAUGAAAAUAGCACAUAUUUGUGUUGAUAUUAUGUACAUUAAUUUCUUUAGAAUUUCAUAUUGCGGUUGCUAAAGAGAAUAGAAUCGCUUAUUGCUGAUACUUGAAAACAAAUAUAAUAUUAAAAAGAAAUAAUUCCUUUUCCUAUGUAAAUAAUAUUAUAAUUAAUUAAAUUUUUUAUUUGUACAUGACUUAUAAGCCGAUCUGUUAAAUGUAUGUAAUAUAUUUUAAAUAAUAUUUUGGGGGAAAAAAUGAAUAAUAAAACUGAAAAAAAAAAUUUAUUAUCACGUUAAAAGACACAUUGUGUGGAUAGGUAAGGCUGUACGAUAUUUUAAUCAAGUUUUAUAGCUUUAUUUUUCAACGGUUUACAUCGUUAAAAAUAUAUUUGAUGCACAAAUAUUAGUAAAUAUACAUUACAAAAAGAUAAAAUUGCAGUAGUAUGAAAAAAGACAUACAUAUACAUACAUGAUUAAUAAUGUAUUAUCUAGAAAUUUUUAUUAUCUCGUGCAAAAUAAAUCAAUAAUUGAAAAUGCAAAAUUAUCUUAUUGUGUAUAAAGUACAAUUUUAUCUACACAAUGAAUGACUGUACCAGUUUGUCAAUGGAAUUGUAAUGACACAGAUUCAAGAAAAUACAGUUGAUUUCAUUCGAUUUCCGUAUA